GAAAGAAAAAGAGGAAGAAGGUGCGGAGGGGAGAAGCAGGGAACGAUUCGCCGCCGGGCUUUGGGUCGCCGAGGGUCGGAAAGACGGGAUCGGGCCUAGGAGGAGGAGGAGGAGCCUUGGGCCUGUCAGCCGCCGCGGGACGCGCAGGUAUUAUGGAAGAGAGCAGCAGUGUUGCAGUAUUAGUGCCAAGUAUCGGGGAGCAAGAAGCUGUCCUGAUUUCUGAAACUGUCAUCAACCCAUCAUUGGAAAUUGGCGAAGCACAGAGAAAAUUUAAAACAGAUCCACUAAUCCAUGUUAUCCAGAAGCUAAGCAAGAUAGUAGAAAGUGAAAAGUCACAAAGAUGCCUUCUAAUUGGGAAAAAGCGCUCACUAUCCCUCGAGACACAAGACCUCUGUGAGAUUCCGACUAAAAUCAUCAAGCUACCUGCUACUGGCACCAGAAAGAUUGAAGCUUUGCAAGCAGAUUAUUAUAUUACUGACUGUCUAACACAGAGUAAUAGAAAGACCAUGUGUUACCAGUGUAGCCUUUGCAAUUUUUUCUCCCUCUCUUUUUCUGUUUUAAAAGACCAUCUCAAACAGCAUGGUCAGCAGAAUGAGGUGAUAUUAAUGUGCUCUGAGUGCCAUUUUGCAUCUAAAAAUCAAGAGGAUCUUGAAGCCCAUAUUGGAAAUUUCCAUGAAAGUGAUGCCACAAUCCCCAUCCAGUCCAAAGUCCAGCAGUGUAUAAACCUUUCCAGUUCUCCAUUGAAUGGACAAGUGGAAGGGAAUGUCAAAGCCAUUCCUGAGCCCAUAGUAAACCCAGACUAUAAAGACACACAUGCAAUCCAAUCUGCUGCUGUGGCAGAGAUGGGUCAGAGGAAAUGGUAUACAUAUGAACAAUACGGGAUGUACAGAUGUUUGAUUUGCAGCUAUACUUGCGGCCAGCAAAGAAUGUUAAAAACACACGCUUGGAAGCACGCAGGUGAGGUCGAUUGCUCUUAUCCCAUCUUUGAAGAGGAAAACGAGCCUGCCGGAUUUUCAGACCCUGCCGUGACUCCUACACCUCAAGGAGUUGAAGCCGUAGUACUCGCGAUAGAAAAUGGCGACCUGGGUAUCCCCAGCGGGCAGUCCGUUCAAGUUCAGAUUUGCAGUUCCGAGCAGCUACCGUGCAGAGUGUCUUCACUUGAACGAAAUGUCAAAGGGAAAGAAGAUCCAAGUCAGUCGACCACUCUCGACCCCAGUGCAGAAGACAUGUUGGAAGCGGUGUCGGAUACAGACGACGGUUUGAUCACCGAUAGCCUCCUUUCGUCGGCACAGAAGAUCAUUAGUUGCAGCCCAAAUAAAAAAGGUCACGUAAAUGUAAUAGUGGAACGGUUGCCCAGCGCUGAAGAGAGUGUUUUGCCGAAACCUUUCCUCAUGAAUGCCGACUUCGAGGAGGAAAAAAAACAGAUCUCUACCGACACCCAGAUUUCCUGCGAAGGAGCGGGUGAGAUUUAUCACGCUGAUAAGAGGGCUGUUGAAAUCGAACAAGUGAUCAUAGGAUGGAGCAGUCCCGAGAAGAAAGACUGUGAGUUAAUCUCUAACAAAGGUCUGGCUGCUGAUGAAAACGCCCCCCCAACCCGGAGAAGAACAAACUCUGAGUCUCUAAGGCUUCAUUCUUUGGCUGCAGAAGCUCUGGUCACGAUGCCCAUAAGGGCUGCGGAACUAACACGGACCAGCCUGGGGACUUUCAGCAGCGCGAAUCCUUUAGAUCCAGAUACGGGUCAGAGACAAGUCGAUGGUACUUUGGCAGGACAUUCUAAAAUUGUAUCUCCACUUCAGAGCUCUUCAGAGGAGUUACCGAGCUUAAACCAAAGUGACUCUGCCUUGGUAAAACUUGAGAAGGAAGAACAGGAGAUCUCAGAAGUGCCAGUAAAAAUGGGCAUCAGCAUGUCGCUGCUCACUGUUAUUGAAAAGUUAAGGGAGAGGACAGACCAGAACGCUUCCGACGACGAUAUUUUGAAAGAGUUGCAGGAUAACGCCCAGUGCCAAGCUACCGAUGAAGCAAGUUUGUCAGGAGGCAACUUGGUAGAGUACAUCCCCAGUGCAGAGCGACCCUAUCGAUGCCGCUUGUGUCACUAUAGCAGCGGGAACAAGGGCUACAUCAAGCAGCAUUUGAGAGUCCAUCGUCAGAGGCAGCCCUAUCAGUGUCCCAUCUGUGAGCAUUUAGCUGACAACAGCAAGGACUUAGAAAAUCACAUGAUCAACCACUGUAAAACCAGAAUGUACCAGUGCAAGCAGUGCGAAGUAUCUUUUCAUUAUAAGAGUCAGCUGAGGAAUCAUGAGAGAGAGCAACACAGUCUUCCAGAUAUCUUGUCAGCAACAACGCCGAAUGAACCAGUAGAUUCUAGUGAUUCAGUGGAAGGAAAAUGUAUUCAGGAAGGGACUAAGUCUUCAGUCCAGAAACUCUAUAGAUGUGAUGUGUGUGAUUAUACAAGCACGACGUAUGUGGGUGUCCGAAAUCAUAGACGGAUACACAACUCAGAUAAACCAUACAGAUGUUCACUCUGUGGCUAUGUGUGCAGUCAUCCUCCUUCUCUAAAGUCCCAUAUGUGGAAACAUGCAAGUGACCAAAAUUAUAACUAUGAGCAAGUGAAUAAAGCGAUUAAUGAUGCAAUUUCACAAAGCGGCAGGUUUCAAGGACAGCUCCCCGGAAAGAGUUUAUUAGAGAAUACUGACGAAAGGGCAGAGCCUGUUGGGAGUUGGGAGAACUUGGGAUUUUCAGAGAUGGUCAGCCAGACUCCCAAAGAAGUGGUCGGUUUCAGUGAAAACCAAAAACUUAGUCCAAUAAGGAAUACCUCAGGCAUUUCUGAAAAGAACUGGAGUCAAGCUCCACCCAGUAUGGAAUACUGUGUAUUACUUUUCUGUUGUUGCAUUUGUGGUUUUGAGUCCACCAGCAAAGAAAAUCUCUUGGAUCAUAUGAAAGAGCACGAGGGUGAAAUCAUAAACAUCAUCCUAAAUAAAGACCACAACUCAACUCUAAGCACAAAUUAAAUAAAAUUGUAAUCACUCUAGCAAAAACAAUUGACGAGGAUUCCUUUAGACAAGCUUCUUCCUUUGUUGUCAGCUGAGAUUUUAGAUGAAGAGGGAGUGGCAGGUAGAAAUCUGUAGUUUUGUAAACUGUAUCCCUGCUGCAACUAGUGAAAGUAAGUGAGAAAUCGAUCAUCAAGAUUAAAUACUCUUAUCUUGGGAUAGGAGGGAGGGGAAACAAUGGAGUGAUCUAUUUUAAAACUUUGUACUUCCUUAGCGUCAAGUGUUUGGACUUCCAAAUGCCCACUCACAUCUGACAGAAAUUUUUCAGAAAGUAUUACGAUAGAAGAAGAGUCUCAUUAAUUUCAAGCCAGGAUUGCUUCUCUCCUUUCAUGUGGUGACCAAGUAUAAGGUGAUAAGACACUGUACAAGAAAUUAGACAGGCAAAUUUAAUGUAGGAUAUCUUCAGUGUUAGUUGACAGGCAGUGCUGAUAUUAGGAAGAAAAAAAACCCAACAGGUUCAUUGAAAGUAGUAGUUGACUAUAUGUGAAAUACCUCACUUGAUGGAAACCAUCGUCUAAUCAAGCCUGAUUAUAAAUAUGGCCCUUUGCUUCUUACCGCAGAUAGAACCCUCUUUAGUUUGAGUGUGUAUGGAAAGUUGUUUUUAUUUCAGGUUACAGUAAAUUUGGGAAAGGGGAAAUCGGGUUAUCACCAAAACACAUAGUUUAUGAACAAGAUCUUAAAUUUGCCAUAAAAGAAGUAACUACUUGAAGUUUAAUAAUCUGGCUCAGUUCUAAAAUGGGAAAGUGUUUUUGAAUGAUUUUUUAAGGGGGCACUUCAAACUUGCCGGUUAACAUUUUGUCGUCUUAACUUUUGUCACGAAAUAAAGCUGAACUUACUGAAUGGCAGAGUUUUAAGUUCUACUAUUUACAAAUAGUCUGGAUAACACACACUAAAUCUGUUUUGUUCUUUCCAGGAUUUAUUUAAAAUAUGUAUUCAUGGUUUAAAAUGUUUUUUAUACCCAAAACAAAAGUCUGAGAGACAAAUCCUAUCGUGCUUAGAAUGAGCACUGAUGUCAAGUUUUUUUAUGAGUGUGGUUUACAAAUGGAUACAUUGUUACAUUUGCCUGCAAAGGUACUGCAGACUGAUAUAUUUGAGGAUUGUAUCUUGAAAGAAAACAAAAUUUCCUGUAUAAGGUUUUUAAAAAUGAACACUAGUAAGUCUUCACUGAGAUCUGACCUGAGGCAAACUCUAUGGAAGUUUUAGAGUGUUCCAUUGGGGGUGGAGUGAAAGGCUGAUUCCAAAUGCAUUUGCACUGAACCCAUCACUGUUUCCCUACAUAAUUUUUCAUUGAUUUCAGAUUUGUGUGUCGUGCUUGUGGUGUAUUAUAAGAGUGGUGGAGAAAGAGUUUCUUUGGUAUUUAUUAUCAUGUAUUUAUGCUUAAUUUCUGAAGACAAAAAUAAUUUUAACUAUUUUGAAAGACUGGUACAUGCCCAAAGCAUUGUACUAUUUCUGUGCUUGUUUUCUGACAUCAUCUUCAGACUGUGAAGCUGUGUGGAAAAGAGAGAAACAGAGAGAAAACAUAACGCGUCCCAUUUUACAAAGCAGAUUAAAGCAGGAUGUAGUCACACCUUUAAUUACAUGAAUGGUUUAAGGGAUUUAUUGGACUAUCUUAAUGCACUGUCUGGUUCAUAUUCUGGUAAUUUGGUGGUAAGUUAGGGUGCAUAUGUAGAAAUGUUAAAGCAAGCAAAAACAAUUAAGACUGUAGCAGUGUCUUCAUGAAGUUAAAGUUGACUUCAAUACACAUUUUAUAGAUUUAAAGUAGCAUUUGUACACUUAACAUGAGAUUUGCUCAGUCUUAGUAGCAGGGGAUUUUACAUAUUCAUAGACUGCUAUUUUAGAAUCAAAAUGUAUUUAUAACAAAUUUUGAAUGAGAGCGAAAUAUUUAAGUGGAACUAUUGUCUUCCCAGGAUUUGUUGCUACUAACAUUGUAGGCUCAUUUUCAGAGUCAAAGGAUAAAAAUGGGUCUGGAGCUUUUUUUUUCUUUUUUUCCCUAACUCAUGUUGAAAAUAUCUACAGAGGACCCUUGUGUUAUCUAUAGUGUGGAAAUUCUUGUUCAUGGUUCUCGAUUACUGCAGUGACUAUUUAAAAAACUAGCAUCCAAAAAUAUUUAAAUAAUUUACUGUAAUAUGAAUUUUAAAUUGCCAGUCUUCUUUCUCAAAACUCAUUUCAGUGAUUUUCAUUUAACCUUUCCAGAAGAUAUCAUGUAUUUAAAAAGUCAGCCUAGAAGUAAAAAACAGUUGUUAAACUUCUACCUAGGUCUACAUUUGAGUCCUGCAAAAGUAAAAUAAUGUUGCAUGUUUUCUUGAUUCAAAUACAGACUAAGUAUGAGUGCUCUUUAUCAUCCUAUAAUUAUAUUUUGAUAUGCUUUAGGUUAACCGUGUUCCUACCAUGAAAAGUUGGGGAAUUUCUAAGGAUGAAAUUUGGGCUACAUAUAAUUAGUGGCCAAGAAAUUAGAGCUUAAUUGAAAUGAAGCUGAGAAGAAGCGAUUAGAAUUCUUGUGUAAAAAGAAAUUGAAAAUAGGGUGUUUUGGGUUUUUUGAUCCUUUACAAGCGUACAGUAAAAGGGUAUGUGUUUUGGGGCUAAUAAAUUGCCCUUUUCAGAGCUCCAUCACUUUAGUCUUUUCCAUUUUUUAUUUUUUUUGAAAACCCAAAAUGCAGUGUACAUUCUAAUGCCCCAAAGAUACCUUCCAAAACUCAUAUUUACACUGAUUUUUUUGUAAGUGCAGUCAAGACAGUGACUUGAACUACGUGAUAUGUAAACUUUGUUCUGAUCUCAUUUGGUUUAUCAAUACACCCGGCUCUCCCAAGAAGUGAGGAUUGCAUUCUUGCAAGACCUCGCGUUAAAGAAAACACUCUGUACCACUCUCCCCAUCUGGUGCCUCAGACACACACACCCACCGUUCAAUCCGAUAACAUGUAAUGCUGCACGCAAACUGGCCCGCAUUGUUAGGAGAACGUUCCUUAAUGUCCUAACGAUGUUCCAGUCAAAAUGCACAGCGACAACAAGAUUUAUGGUAGGAAGAACUAUCCAGAAAAGCAUCCAUUCCAGACCAUUCACCUUCAUUUGUGCUUUACAAUGUUUACAUUUCAGCUUCCCCCAGGGAACUUGGUCUGAGGAGAGACUAAUAGCUGAAGACUUAUUGUAUCUUCAGUUUUCACAAGCACUUAUUUAAUCAUUUUUUAAAAUGUACAGCAGGUGCUCUAAGUAAUAUUCUAUAAAAUAUAUUUAAUAGAAAUUUGCAUUUGAGUUUGAUAUUCAUUGACAUGGAUACAUGUAUUUUUUUAAGACAGAAGUAUUGUGUAACACUGACACUGCUCUUUUAUAGCCAAAGUAUAAAACCUUUAGAAGACUGACAUGUAAAGACUGCAGUUAAUUCCAGCCCUUAUUAAAAUAGGAUAAAUGACAUUUUAUAAACUAUCCAGCACAUUAAGCUGCAUGCCUUAAAGCCUAAAGUUCUAGGAUUGUGUUCAUGGUGGAACAGGUUGUCUGUUCCAAACAAUGAAGCAAAGUCUGUAGUACUUUAACUACCUUCUGAAAUACUGUAUGUUAGAAUAAUUUAUUUUGCUUUACAGGAGUUUGUCAUGUAUUGACUUUAAUACUGUAUUUUGGUAAUAAACCUUUUGUUAAAAACA